CAGCUGCGAUGGUUCUCGACCCCAAACCAACCUCCGACCCUCCGCCGUCACUCCCCUCUACAAGAUCCGACCUCCACGGCAGCUCCAACGACCAGCAAUUCUCUGACGAAGAUGACCUCUACAGUCGCCUCAAAUCCCUCCAACGCCAGCUCGAGUUCAUCGACAUCCAAGAAGAGUACGUCAAAGACGAACAGAAGAAUCUGAAACGUGAACUCCUCCGCGCCCAAGAGGAGGUCAAGCGGAUCCAAUCUGUGCCGUUGGUUAUUGGACAGUUCAUGGAGAUGGUUGAUCAGAACAACGGCAUCGUCGGCUCCACCACCGGGUCCAAUUACUAUGUUAGAAUCCUUAGCACGAUUAAUCGGGAACUCUUGAAACCCUCGGCUUCUGUGGCCUUGCACCGACAUUCUAAUGCUCUGGUUGAUGUUCUCCCGCCCGAAGCUGAUUCCAGUAUUUCGCUUCUUAGCCAGUCGGAGAAGCCCGAUGUCACGUAUAAUGAUAUUGGAGGAUGUGACAUUCAAAAACAGGAAAUUCGUGAGGCUGUGGAGUUACCACUCACUCACCAUGAAUUGUACAAGCAAAUUGGGAUAGACCCUCCUCGUGGAGUUUUGCUUUAUGGUCCUCCAGGAACUGGAAAAACCAUGCUUGCCAAGGCAGUUGCUAAUCAUACAACUGCAGCUUUCAUUAGAGUUGUUGGCUCUGAAUUUGUUCAGAAGUAUUUGGGUGAGGGUCCACGAAUGGUUCGUGAUGUUUUCCGUCUUGCCAAAGAGAAUGCCCCUGCAAUUAUCUUUAUAGAUGAGGUAGAUGCUAUUGCCACUGCUAGGUUUGAUGCCCAAACUGGUGCUGAUAGAGAGGUUCAGCGUAUCCUCAUGGAGUUACUGAAUCAGAUGGAUGGGUUCGACCAGACAGUUAACGUUAAGGUUAUUAUGGCCACCAAUCGUGCUGACACUUUGGACCCUGCACUAUACGUCCUGGGAGGCUUGAUAGAAAAUUGAGUUCCCUUUGCCUGAUAGACGACAAAAAGGCUCGUUUUUCAG